AUGGCCGCCGCAAUAGUUUCAUCCGAUGUUAACGACGUGGUCAAAGCAGAGCCAUUUCCGACCUUAGAUGACGAAUCGACGUUCGACCGAGAACGACACGCUGCAUAUUUUGGUGUGGUAGCAAUUGCAUCCACAACGAGUUUUAUUGGUAGUUGGUUUGCAUUAUAUUCAAUGCUACACAUGACAGCUGAAUUAGAUACUAUAAGACAAAUUUCUGCAUUAAAUCAAACAAACAAUCCGCCAUUGCUAUCCACUGCGAAAUUCCAUGCCUUUUGGUUUAUCAUUAGUAUAUAUUGUGUGAUGUUACACAUUAUAGGUGUACAGGAAUCCAUCACAAUGCUUCGAAAAAUGGGUUGGAAAGAUUUACUUACCAUUGCUGCUAUGACCUAUGUAGCAUAUAUGAUUUUGUAUAAAGCCAUUUUUGCAAUAGUUUCUCCUGCCAUUGGACAAAGCAUUACAACAAAUCUGGAACAUGUCAUGUCGAAUGGUGUACAUCUGGGAGCAAAUUUUAAAUAUGUAUACAUUCUGGGUACUUUCUACAACGGUGUUCUGUGUGUAUUUCUACAUUUGAUGAAACCGAAUAGUUUUGAUCCAUGUGAUCAUCCGUAUGCAUUGCGCUUCAUUGCGGCUAUGUUAGAAAACAAACCAAUACCAGCGAUGAUUCGUCCACUUCGAGUUAAAAGCAAUGCAAACAAAGAAGAUAAGGAUAUUAUUGAAAAUUAUGUUGUUUGUUGA